GCGUUGGGCGCAAUCCAAUUCCGUUUCUCCUUUGCGCUUUGAGCUCCGGUUCCUGUCACCAGCCGGUCCCGCUCCCCCGUUGAUUACGAAGAACAAACGAGCCGAGCGAGGAUGGGCAUCAGACCGCCGUCCUAUGCCUGGGCGGUACUUGCAUGGACAUCUGCAGUCUGCGCCAGCCUGCAGCCUUUCCGGCCAGUCGAAACGGGAGCCGCCGUCGUGAGACGUCAAGCAUGUCUCGCCAACUUCCACAGCUGCGCCGACCAAGGUGCCAUCUUCAAUGGUGUAUGCUGCCAGAACGGCCAAAGUUGUGCUCUUGACGCCAACGGCAACCCAGCCUGCUGUCCUGUCAACGCCAUAUGUACCGGCACCGCGCCAGCAUCCUUCGUGUCUUCGGGCCCUGCUCCCACGACAGCCGUCUCCUACGUCUCGAACGUCUAUUUUUCCUUUCCCUACAUCGCCACAUCCUUUGCGAACCCGGGCCACUGCUCGGCCGCCGUCAGCCAGUGCAGCGCCAAUCACGCGGCGUGUACCUCGCAGCUCGGCGGUUUCGGCAGCGCCGGGUACGCCGUCACUAUCGUCGUCCCCGGCGGGGGGGGGACAACCGUCACGGCCGGGGGAGGAAUCAGCGUCGCGCCUACGGCAGCGACCAGCAUCUGCAACAGUCUCUCCAGCGUGGCCUGCGGCGGCCUCCAGCUCGGCAUGUGUACCAUGACGGGGACGACCGCCGGCGGAUUCUACUUCGGUACUGGCUCAGGCAAUGCGGCGGCGGCGGCGAGACCGACGGCGGCAGCGGUAGCAGCGUGUGCCGGGCUGGUCGGAGCAGUCGCUGUUGGCGCUGCGGGGAUGGACAUUUUAUAAAAAAGGCUCACUGGCCUGGGAUUCUAUGUUUGCGAGGCUCACGCGGCAUGGAUGAACCUGCAUGCGUCUCGCCCAUGUCUUGCAUUCGGCUUCCAUUAUCAUCUAUGCUCGGCACUGACUCUCGCGAAGUCAUGAAUAAAUGACCUGAUACCCAUACUUCGCGUUCCGUUGUCGGCGUCAUUUGAGCACAGCAAGUAUUAACGAGAAUUUGAGUAUGAAUGAAGGACCGUUGCUCGGUUGUUUAGAGUCCGGAUUCGACUCUGAUACCUUCUCCCCAACCUCUUCCUUACCCGAUACCAUUAAACCUUGAACAGCUACCCAGACCAUCCCAGUCAACACGCAUCAACAUUGCUACCGAGAGACGGUAUCCAUGCGCUGA